AACCAUAACCCAUUCCUGUGUACGUCUUAAACCCAAGCAGCUAAGGGUUUCGUCCUUGGUAUAUUACGCUAAAAAUUGGGGAGGGAGGACGGCAGAGACUAUUCAUCAACCCUUGGAAACAAAUUGUCUUGUGUUGCAGGUGAAAUUUAAAGGAAUCUCAAGUGCCAACUAAAGAAAAAGCAAAAAAUGUCUGGUGAGGAGGCUGCUGUUGUAGAGACGCCCGCUGCACCUGCUCUUGGUGAGCCAAUGGACAUCAUGACUGCUUUGCAGCUUGUGCUGAGAAAAUCGUUGGCUCAUGGGGGGCUCAUCCGCGGCCUUCAUCAAAGUGCUAAGGUGAUCGAGAAGCACGCAGCUCAGCUGUGUGUGUUGGCAGAGGACUGUGAUCAACCUGACUAUGUCAAAUUGGUUAAAUCACUCUGUGCUGACCACAAUGUAAACCUCAUCACCGUUCCAAGUGCGAAGACUCUUGGUGAAUGGGCUGGUUUGUGCAAGAUUGAUUCCGAAGGGAAAGCAAGGAAGGUUGUGGGUGCCUCGUGUGUUGUCGUGAAGGAUUAUGGAGAGGAAACUGAAGGUCUCCACAUCGUUCAGGAGUAUGUGAAGUCUCACUAAAAGAUCACCGGGAAGCAGUAUUCUCUUGAUGAGAUUUGGGAAUUGUUCUUAAUGACUUCAAGUUUGGUUUUCAAUGUGUUCCGUUUGGAGAUUUUCAAUUAGUUACUCGUUUUCCUGAUAGUUGAUUCCUAAAUCUACUGCAUGUUUUUACUGUUUUUGGGAACAUGGCUGUUGAUGAAUCUUCAUUAGAAUUUUAUAGAAAAAGUUCAUUUUGGUCA